UGUAGGACCGCUGAAGUGUUCAAAGGAAGGGAGUCCAAUAAGGCUGAAACGUAUCUUAUUAAGAGCCAGGUGAAAGUCUUCGCAAAAUGGACAAGUGACAGAGUUAAUGAGGAUGACUUUAAAAAAACUGCCUUUUCGAAGUGGAAAAAGAUUAUUCUGAUAAACCUACAGCUGGACGUGAGGGCCUCCAACAUUAGAAGAAGGAGAAGCUUAUUGCCUUGGAAUGUAUACUGACAGUCAUCUUUGAGAACUGAAGAGAGAGACUUACUUGAUUAAGAGCUGGACAACAAAAUUCUACCAGAGUAACAUAGAGACUGAAUGCCUGUCAAUCUGAGCGGAGGUUGGCAAGUGAGCAGGGAUGGAUGUGUUUGGUGGAGCGCCACGGUUUCUGGCCUACCCUCGUCCUGUGGUUGUACAGAGUGGCACAGACGCAGUUCUGAAAUGCCAGAUUAGCGGGGAUCCCAGACCGGCAGUUAUAUGGGAGAGAAACAAUACGAAGAUCCAUCAAGAGGGCAGGUACCGGGUGUUUGAGGAUGGCAAUGUCUACAACCUUAUCAUAACUUCAGUCACACUGGAAGACAGUGGACAAUAUAUCUGCAAGGCCAAGAACUGCAUUGGAGAGACUUACGCAGCAGCAACCUUGAACGUAGAAGGCGAAGCACAAGAGAUGGAACUGAGAGAGGAAAACAAGCCACGCUUCCUCAUCAAACCCCUCUCAACCAGGGUUGGACGAGGAGAGGAUGCCAUGUUCUCAUGUAAGCUUUGGGGCAACCCUCGGCCAGAGGUGAUGUGGGAGAAGGACGGCAAGAAGUUGAAUGAGAUCUUUGAGAGCACACAUUUCAGUGUUAGCUAUCAGGAUGGGGGGUGGUUCCAGCUAAAGAUUUUCAAGACACGAGCACCAGAUGGAGGGGUGUACAUGUGUAAGGCCCGGAACGAAUUUGGAGAGAGUCUGGCAGGGGCUGUGCUGUUGGUGGAUGCCGGACCAGGACACGAAGAUGAAGGAAAUCGUAAUGGUUACACAAAUGGCCACUGGAAGGGUCAUCAAGGAAAACAGAGAAGUGGGAGGCAAGUUGCAACAAGGUUGAAAGAUGACCCACUGCCAAACUCAGCCAAAGUGAAAAUGUUUGCCGUGACAGAGGGGAAACAUGCUAAAUUUCGUUGCUACGUAACAGGGAAGCCCAAACCAGAAAUAUUAUGGCGGAAAGAUGGGAGGCUAAUCUUGUCUGGAAGACGGUAUUUGCUGUAUGAAGACAGAGAGGGAUACUUCACACUUAAAGUUCUCUACUGCAAACAACAGGACAAUGGAGUUUAUGUCUGUUCUGCUUCUAACACUGCAGGGCAAACCCUAAGUGCUGUACACCUUAUUGUCAAAGAACCACGUGUGCGGUUUAAGCAACCACUGAAUGACCUACAAGUCUGGGAGAGAGACUUGGCCAUUCUUGAGUGUGAAGUUCCUGAGGACUCUGUUCCAAUCACAUGGUACUUAGAAGACAGGCGGCUACAGCCAGGAGCCAAAUACGGAAUGGAAGAGUGGGGGACAAAGCGUCGACUCACAAUUCGUGAUAUUGGAGUUGAUGAUGAUGGAAUAUAUCUCUGCGAGAUGGCUGAUGGGGGCAGAAGCAUUGCUGAGGUAGCCGUUAAAGGCACCAUUGUAAGAAAGAUGCCAAGAAAAGUUGAUGUCCUGGAGGGGGAAAAUGCAGCAUUUUGCGUGGAGGUGGAGGAAGAGGAAAUGGACAUUCAUUGGUACAAAGAUGGAACGGAGUUAAGGGAGACCCAUCAGACAAUACUCAAAUCCUUUGGAAGGACACACAUUUUGGUCUUUGUCAACACGACACCACAAGACUCUGGUCUUGUCAAUUUCUAUGUGGGUAGAUCAAAGACAUCCUCUCAGCUACGAGUGAAAGCGGCAAGGCAUUGUCCACCAAGCUGUCCUAUUGGGGUACAGAUAAACACAGAACGAGCAAAUGCAGCUCUCCUCUCCUGGUUUCCAGCACAAGACUCCAGAAAGAAUACACCAUCUGGAUAUAUAAUUGAGAGACAAGAUGUCGGCUCACAGGAGUGGCUGCAAUGUUUGACUACUGACUCUGCAACCUCAGUGGAAAUUCUCGGCGACAGUGUUCCAUGUGAGGCAGACUACAGAUUUCGGAUAUGCAGCGUCAACAAAUAUGGAAGGAGUGGAAAUGUAGAGUUCCCUCGAGCAGUUCACCUUGUUCCAGUGGCCAGAAUUCAAGCACCUCUUCAAGAUGCUUUAGUGCCAGAGGGCCAAGAUGCCGGCUUUACCAUAGAGCUUUCUGCCUCAGUUAUAGGCACUUGGUUUCUUAAUGGAAACCAGCUUCAAGAUGAUGAACGUUUCUCCAUAAGGCGUUCACGUACACACCAGUCCCUACGCAUUCGUGGAGUACGAGAUAAAGACAAUGGAGCAGAGAUUACCUUCAUUGCCUAUGGAAUACGGGAUUCUGCUGCUCUGUAUAUACAAGCUCCACUGGUAAAGUUCACUCCACUUUCUGAAAUGGAUCGAAACAAAUUUGUGGAAGUUGGCAACCCUAUAGUGCUCUACUGUGAGCUGUCAGACCCUGAGGCCCCAGUGCGUUGGUAUAAGAAUGGUGUUGAACUGCAUUCAAUGGAAGGUCUGCACAUUCAAUCAGAAGGAACAAUGAGGAGGAUUGUCAUCCAAUCAGCAGAUUUCUCCCACUCAGGAGUUUAUAGCUGCGAUGCGAUUGAUGAUGUCAUCAGGUUUAAUGUGGAGGUUGAGGUGCCACCUAUGAGGUUCUCGGUGCUUCCGGAGGCUGAGAGGAACAAGUCCAUUCAAGUAGGCUCAACAAUAUCACUGCAAUGUGAGCUCUCAGAUCCACUCGCCCAGGUGUCCUGGUACAAAGACGGAGCAAAACUCCAGCCACAAAAUGGACUAGACAUCCAAUCCAAUGGCACAAAGAGGGAACUGGUUGUCCAGUCAGCUGAAUUUUACCACUCUGGGUUGUACAGCUGCAAGACAAGGGGUGAUGCUGUCCACUUCAAUGUGGAUGUUAAAGCCCCACCAGUGAGGUUCUCAGCUGUCCCAGAAGUUAAGCGGAGAAAGUGCAUUGAAACUGGCUGCCCCAUUGUUCUGCAGUGUGAGGUUUCAGACUCAACUGCACAAGUCUACUGGUACAAAGAUGGUGAGCAGCUCCUUGUAGAAACUGGAGCAGAAUUCCAAUCAGAUGGCUGCAUGAGAACACUGAGUAUUCAAUCAGCAGACUUGUCUCAUGCCGGUGUGUACAGCUGCACGACAAAGGAUGAUGUCAUCAAGUUUAAUGUGGACAUCAGAGCUGCACCGGUGAGGAUCUCUGCUGUUACGGAAGCUAAGAAGAAUAUAUGCACUGAAGCUGGUGGUCCCUUUGAACUCUGCUGUAAGGUCUCAGAUCCUACAGUCGAUGUCUGCUGGUUCCACAAUGAUAUACAGCGGCAGCCAGAGAAUGGUUUGGAUAUUCAGUCUGAGGGAGAUGUAAGGACACUGGUGGUCAAGUCAGCUGAGCCCAGUCAUUCUGGAUUAUACCGCUGUGAAACCACUGAUGAUUCUGUCCAGUUCACUGUGGAUAUUAAAGCACCUCCUGUAACAUUUGCCUAUAUCCCAGAGGAUGAUCUGCACAGAAAUAUUGUGGAGCAAGACAAUCUUCUCCUUUGUUGUGAGAUUUCCAGGUCAGAUGCGACUGCACAAUGGUAUAAGGACGGAGUAGAAAUAAAGUCUUGUGACAAUGUCCUUAUAGAAGCAGAAAACACCAUACGAAGGCUAAUCAUACUGUCAGCUCAGCUCUCAGAUUCUGGGACAUAUACCUGUCGUGCUGGAGAUAGUGCCUUAAUAUUUAAAGUUAAUGUAAGAGAACCUCCAGUAAUGAUUGUAUAUCCCAAGGAGGAUGUUCACCUUGAUCGUCAUGUUCCUGAAGAAAUUGUCCUUAGCUGUGAACUUUCACAGCCAAAUGGAAAGGUAACAUGGUACAAGGAUGGACAGAAACUUCAGGAGAGUGAAAACAUUAAGCUAAAGAUGGAGGGUCCAUAUAGACGGCUAAAAAUUUUGCACAGUGGUAUUGAGGACUCUGGAGAAUAUGUCUGUGACACAGCUGAUGAUUCAAUAUUCUUCAAUCUUAACAUAAAAGAACCGCCGGUGCGCAUAGUUUCUCCAAGUCAGUCUCAAAUGGAACUUUGCCAGCAGACAUCAGAGAGGAUGGUGCUGAGCUGUGAAAUCUCCAAACCAAAUGCCAAUGUGCGUUGGUAUCGAGAUGGACUUGAAGUAGAGGAAAGUGACAGCCUAAUCCUUGAGGUUGACGGUGUCUACAGGAGACUUAUCAUCCCAAAACCUACAGUUAAAGACUCUGCAGAAUAUGUUUGUGACACCGCUGAUGACUCUGUGACCUUCUUUGUAAAUAUUGCAGAGCCACCCGUUAGAUUUAUUCGGCCAAGGAAAAUGGCCUAUGGUGUAGAGAAACUAGUUGGAGACAUAGUGGUGCUUGAGUGUGAAGUGUGCCGAUCAAACGCUGAAGUUAGCUGGAAGAAGGAUGGAGAAGAGAUUGAGGAAAACAGCAACAUAGCUAUCACAGAGGACGGCACAAGUCGACAGUUAACUAUUCAUUCAGCAGCUUUUGAGAAUGCAGGGCAAUACGUUUGUGAUGCCAGAGAUGAUGUAAUGGAUUUCCUAGUGAAAAUCAAAGAUCCACCUCUAAGAAUUCUACGAAAGGCUGACUUAGAGACAAAACGGCAUUUUGUAGUAUCUGAUGCCAUUGUGUUAAAGUGUGAGAUCUCAAGAGCAAAUGGGGUGGUCAGCUGGCUUAAAGACAAUGAGAAGAUUGAGGGAAUGGAGCAUUUCAUCUGUGAAGAGGGCGGCACAUUCAGAUCUCUGAUUGUACUGAGUGCUGAGUUGAAGGACUCAGGGGAGUACAUUUGUGAUGCACAGGACGAUAAGGUUGUCUUCAGUGUUACAGUAGAAGAGGCACCAGUGUCCAUUGUUGGGAAUUCAGAGAUGCCAGAACAACACACUUUAAUAGCAGGAGAUGACCUUAUCCUGGAGUGUGAGGUAUCUCAAGCAAAUGCUGUAGUUCAGUGGUACUACAAUGGAAGUUUUCUACAGGAGGAUGCACGCACAAGCAUUGAAAGCAGAGACACAAUGAGGAAGCUUGUGAUAUCAAGACUUCAAGUAUCUGACUCUGGAGAAUAUCUCUGUGAUGCUAUUGAUGACAAAAUGACAACUAUGGUAACAGUUGAAGAACCACCAUUCAAAUUCGUCAAAAAAGAUGAACGAACAAACUUUUCAGCCUACGAAGAAGACAGUGUAACACUAUGUGCCACUGUUAACAGGGUCAAAGCCCCUGUGCAAUGGAAGAGAGGUCACGAUCCAAUCAGAGGUGAUCGUUUUCACACAACAAGUGAUAGAAUCACCAAUUAUCUAACCAUUAACCCACUUAAAAGAUGUGAUGCUGGAGAGUACACAUGUAAUGUGGGAUCUGACGAGAUGCACUUCAGUGUUCAUGUUAAAGCAAUGAAGGUCAAAUUCUCCAAACCACUGGAAAAUGUAGCGGGACUCAAAGGUAGUGAUGUGGUUUUGAAGUGUGAAUUGUACAAGUCCAAAGGAGAUGUUCAGUGGCUAAAGGACAACCGAGAGAUUGCACCAAACAGACAUUUUACAAUCAGGGCUGAGGGUCGAGUGAGAAGCCUGGCAAUUCAUAAUGUAACAGAAGAUGAUGCAGGAGAAUAUGCUUGUGAAUCCAAAGACGAAAGGACAUCAGCUGCUGUAGUGGUCAAUAUUCCUCGCAUUGUGGAGUUUGUUGUGGAGCUAAACAACAUUACUGUCAUGGAAGGUGAAGAUGCCACAUUUAAGUGUGUGGUGUCUCCAGAGGAUGCAAAGUUGGCCUGGUUUAGGAAUGGCCAGCCAAUUUCAUCAAAUGAUAAGUUCAACAUCUCAUGUAAUGGAUUAUGCCAUGUGCUGCAUAUCAGCAACUGCCAAGUCUCGGACAGCUGCAAGUUCACAGCCGAAGCUGAAGGUGUGCUUUCCAAAGCCUUCCUUCAGGUUCAAGAGGCACAGGUGAUUUUUAAAAAGAGCAUGGAGCCGGUAAUGGCAGAAGAGUUUGGAGAGGCAACACUCGAGGUGGAAGUAAGUCUUAAAACUGGGGAGGUGCAGUGGAUGAGACAAGGAGUGGUUAUACAUCCAGGGCCCAAGUUCACCUUGAAGCAGAAUGGCCAUAAACACUCUCUCACAAUCCACCAGCUUGCUCUUUCCGACCGAGGCACCUACAGCUGUGAAACGCUCCACGACCGCACACAAGCCAAGAUUUGUGUGGAACCACGAAAAAUCAAGAUCCAGAAAGGUGUAUCUGAGAUCCAGACUUAUGAGCGAGAGACUGCUUCUUUUGAGGUGGAGCUGUCGCACAGCAAUGUGGAAGCAUUGUGGCAAAAGGAUGGGCACUCUCUCAAAAACAAUAACCACUUGCGUAUGACUGCAAAUGGACGGGUACACAGCCUUACCAUCUCCAACCUGACCUUAGAUGACACCGGCACCUACAUGUUUUCUGUUGAAAAUGUCAAAUCAUCUGCAAGAUUGAUUGUUAAAGAAAUACCAGUAUCAGUCCUGAAAAAGCUUGAGGAUGUCAGCCAACCAGAGGGCUCUGGGGUAACACUUGAAUGUGAGCUGUCUCGACACAAUGUAGACAUAAAAUGGACAAAGAAUGGAGUUCAACUUAAGCCAGGAACCAAUCAUCGUAUAUACUCUAUGGGAAGGAAGUGCUUUCUACAGAUCCUCAAGUGUGAGCUGGGAGAUUCAGGCUUGUAUGUGUGUGAUGCCGGGGAUGCCAAAACAUCCUGUUCAGUGGAGAUCUAUGAGAGGAAGCUUGAGAUUUUGCAAGGUUUGGAGGAUUUGGAUAUUCAAGAGGAUCAAAAUGCAGUGUUCAUGUGUGAAGUGUCCCUGGAUGAUGUUCCCGCAGAGUGGUUUAAGAAUGGCGAGAAGAUAAAACCAACCAGCACCACUAAGAUCCGUCAGGAAGGGUCUAAGCACUUCCUUCUUAUAUGCAAUGUUAAAGGAGAGGACGCUGGAGAGAUCAAGUUUGUUGCCAAGAAUGCUGAGUCUACAGCUUGCCUUGAGGUUGAAGCACUACCAGCGAACAUUGCAAAGCCACUUCAGGAUAAAACAGCUCUGGAGAAAACCCGUGUUGUACUGGACUGCGCAGUGACUAAUCCCCGUUGCAGUAUCCGUUGGUAUAAAGGCCCUAAUGUCAUCCUGCCCUCGGAGCGCUUUGAGAUCUGCAGUGAGGGGUGUUAUCGAAAACUUGUCAUUCAGCAGGUGAUGUUAGAUGACGAGGGCACCUAUAGUGUUCAAGUUGGAAACUACACAUCUUCAGCAAGACUUACUGUAGAAGCUCAGUCAAUCCUGAUUGUGAGAGAGCUGCAGGAUGUAGAUGUUACAGCUCCUGGGGAUGCAUGCUUUGCAUGUGAAGUCUCUUUACCUGUGGCCAAGGCACCAACCUGGACCCUGAAUGGUGAGACACUGUAUCCUGGUCCUAAAGUCGAUAUGGAGAAAAUGGGAACCAUUCAUAGGCUGACUCUUAAAGAGACAUCUGAGGAAAUGAGUGGCACUGUGUGCUUUAUCUCAGGAAAAGCCAAAAGCACUGCACAUCUGUGUGUUAGAAGUAACCAUUGAGAAAACACUCAUAAGUAUGUACUGUGUUCAAUGCUGACCUAUGCUACAAUUUCUACACAAGACAGGUCAAAUGAAAUGAUGACACCAUCAAGUCUCUUUUUCUUGCAAUGUGUCUGAAUAUGCUGGUCUGGGUUUUUUCUUUUCUUUUGUAACUAUUAAAAGUAAACUAAUUACCAUUCUACAAGUUUACCAUCCAAUAUAGAAACAUUUAUUUGAUUCUCAUGUAGUCUAAAUCUUUAAUCAGACAUAUUGGGAUUUGUAAAUUACACGAAAUUUACAGCACCAACCCUGACACACCCAGAAAUGUAAUUCAUCCAUGUUGUUACUUAAAUUUCUUGCACAGUAGUUUGGUAUUUCAAUUUUGAAAUUUGUGUACUAUAUCCUUGUAUAGAUAUCCUGUUUUUUUAAUUAUUGUUUUGUGGGAUGCAGAUUAAAGUGAGUAGGUGAAGGCAUGUGAUAAAAUGUGCAGGGCCAAAGAUGAUCAAAGGAAGGUUUGGGACGGAAAGUAGUUUGAGCAUAUGUAACUAAUACAUUGAAUUCAUGAUCAAAGUAGGGAAAAUGUGUCAUUUACAAAUAAAUAGAAAUGCUUUUGGGAGAAAUGUUUUAGUUGUUUGCUUCCAUUAUGUAUGUAUGUAUAUAUUUAAGCAAUAUCAUAUGAGCAAGAGUACAAUAUGGCCCUACAUCAACAGUGCUGAUUUAGGGCCAUAUAGCAUGGUUGCGAGUGUGAUAUUGCUUAUAUACAACAGUUCAAUGAACAAGUACAUUUUAAAAUAUUUGGAAAAACUGAGUAGUCAUAAAAACACAUUUGUGCAUGAAACUACUUUCUUACACGUCAUUGGAUAAACAAGGAUGGAAGGAUGUGUGUGUUUGUGUGAGAGAGAGAGAGAGAGCGAGAGAGAGACAGAGAUGGAGCGUGUGUGAUCACCUGUUGCCACACCCAAGCAGAGAUGCUGUCAGUGGUAAAACAGCUGUCCAAGAGGGGUAUUCCUCUCUAUUUUGCGGUAGUCGAUGCGCUAGAGUCAUUCCCAAAAGAAACCACAAUGUCCUGCUUCAUUUUCAGUACAUCAACAGUAUGUAUCCAAUGUGGACACUCCGGUAAGAUGUAACCUUGUUGAGUACUGUAAUCAAUCAGUCUGUUGUAUCUCUCAGCUGUGAUGAGCCUUAAUGCUGAAGUUGUUAGAUUAAAGCCGUUUUCUAGCUGUAGUCGUGUAGUAGUAAUACGAGUGAUAACGGAGUGCUGUUCUAUGUAAACAAUGACGAACAGAUUUACUUCACGUCACCAACUGGCUCAUAUUACACACAAAAAUGAUCUUUUGCCAUCACCUGCUGGUUAACAUAUGUAAUGUAAAAAAAAUUAAAAAGAGACACAUAGCCUACAUUAGCUCUUAACAAAUAUGCACUGCUCUUACACUUUAGUUUAGGACUACGAACACAAGUGGAGUGAUAUACACACAGUGCAGACCAUCAGUGCUCAUGGAACGUCUCUCGUCCAAUCAGAUUUGAGGACCGGAACUAACUGUUGUGUGUGUGUGUAUAUAUAUAUAUAUAAUUUUCCCUUGUUUAUCAAUAACUUUCAAUAAAAUAUGGUUUA